UCCAUUUCCUUUAAAUAACUGCCCAACAUACACCUUACAAUGACAAUCUACCAACGCAAAACUUGAGACAAGGGAUUCGAAACUCCGUUUGGUUGCAGUUGCACAUUUCUACUGACUGAUCAUCGUACAAGGAAUAUACUCAAGAAAUAUGAGCCCUCACACUUGGUGAUACUUUAUGUACAUAAUGUUUGCAAUUUCAACCCAAACGCAAGGUCUCAAACCGACGGUGUCAUCAUCAGCUAGCCAUUCAUCAGAACGAUUCUCUCCUGCCUCGACUUCCUUUCCAAAGAACUGUAUUUCGCAGGGCAGUCCAUUUUCGUCAAAGCAAAGUUCUUUUCAAAGAGGUCAAUUUCAUGUUAGACGAUACCUUGGGCUCAAUCGAACUGGUAAAAGAAGAAAUAAUGCAGGUAUUGCAGUGUCACCAAGUUGUGUCCUUCCUCUAACCGAGGAAAAUGUUGAGAAGGUUCUAGAUGAAGUCAGGCCAGGCCUAAUGGCAGAUGGAGGGAAUGUUGUACUACAUGAGAUCGAUGGCCUAGUUGUAGUUCUUAAGCUUCAGGGAGCAUGUGGAUCUUGUCCAAGUUCCACAAUGACACUUAAAAUGGGAAUUGAAACCCGCCUUCGCGACAAAAUCCCUGAAAUAAUGGAAGUAGAGCAGAUUCAGGACUCUGAGACUGGCCUUGAGUUAAAUGAGGAAAAUAUUGAGAAGCUUCUUGGAGAGAUUAGACCAUAUCUGGUAGGAGCAGGUGGUGGAGAACUUGAGCUUGUUCAGAUUAAUGACUACGUUGUUAAGGUUCGACUGAGUGGACCGGCAGCUUCCGUGAUGACAGUUCGUGUAGCUCUUACUCAAAAAUUAAGAGAUGCAAUACCAGCUAUUGCUGCAGUUCAGUUGAUAGAAUGAAGGAAAUGCUCAGCCAUAUGACGACGUUUUCCUGCAAGAAUUACAGUAACAUCAUUUUUGGUAUAAAUGUAGUAUUCUUUAUCCCUAGACUACAUGUUACCCUAUUGCAUGUAACACAGAGGAGCUUCUAGAAGUUUUCUUGAACUUAUAAUGUGCCAAGUAAUGGAAGACUUCACCUGAACAUUCUUCCAAAUUGUAAGUAAAAUGAACUUAAAAAUUACAUGAUGAUUUUCUGGAACUA